AUGAAGAUCUUCCGCGAAUCCAGCUUCUUCAAGGAGAAACGAGCGGAUGCGCUUCCGUCGCCAGCUGAUGUUCGAGCCAUGAACGACGCGUCGGGCAAUCCCCGCGCCACAAGAUUUAAUCGCCCACCGCCUGUCAUAAUUCCAUCGCUGGGGCUGGUUGUGAAGUACGGCGCGGAUGUAACUAUUCUCGAAGCCCAGACUCAAAUCAUGCUACGCGAGCAAUUACAAAACCGUGUACCUGUUCCUGAGAUCUUUGGCUGGGCACAGGAUGCGGAACAGACUUUCCUAUACAUGUCUUUCAUCGAGGGUGAAAUGUUGAUGGAGAGAUGGGGCGGCUUGAAUAAAGAUGAGAGACGAGCCAUUUGUGAGGAGCUUGGCCGUUUCGUAAAAAUGAUAAGGUCUUUGGAACAAGAUCGCCAUGCCCCUUAUAUUGGUAGUCUAGGCAGGCAACCACUAAACGACAUAUUUCUUAAAGACUAUCCAGACCUUGCUGGUCCCUUCCAAGGCACCACCGCUGUCGAACAGUUCCACAACACUUGCGGGAUUAAAAUUAGCAGUGAGGUACCCAUUGUUUUUACACAUAACGAUCUUCUUCCACCCAAUAUUAUUGUAUCCCCGGGGCGGGACCCGAAAGUGGCUGCGAUCAUCGACUGGGGUCAGGCUGGAUGGUACCCUGCAUACUGGGAAUAUUGCAAGGCGCGGUGGAUAACGCUGAAUCCGAGGCUCUUUAAUGUUGCCUUCCAAGAAGAUUGGCGUGUGAAAUAUGUGCCAAUGAUUCUGGAUCCCGUGGAUGAUGAGACAUGCUAUCAUCCUUGGAUUUACUUCGCCUUGUCACACAUCUAG